AUGGCCUCCAAUGUGGAACGCAAUUUGGAGUCGCCGGAAACCCUGGGCGGAGGAGGCUGGACUAGACUCGAGCUCCUCCUCCUGCACCAAAGGGAGUCGCCGCCGCCUGGUCUCUUAACAGCCGCGGGGGGAAGGGGUUACAUCCGGGAAACUCGUGAAGGAAAUGUAAUAUGUCUUUUGGUUCAUGAAAUAAUUAUUUCUGCUGAUCUUUAGUUCCAGAAGGCUGACUCUGAUCUGGAUUACAUUCAGUACAGGCUGGAAUAUGAAAUCAAGACUAAUUAUCCUGAUUCAGCAGGCAAGAAAAAUCCUGUUACACUCUUAAAGGAAUUGUCAGCAAUAAAGUCUCGAUAUCAAACUUUGCAUGCACGCUUUAAACCAAUUGCUGUCGAGCAUAAAGAGACUAAGAGCCACAUUUGUGCUACUUUCAAUAAGACUAUGACCUUGAUACAAGAACUACAAAAGCAAACAGACCUGAAGCUGUUACCACUGACUGAAGAAGAGAAAACUGCGGCAGAGCAAUUAAGAGCUCACAUGUCAGACUUACGAUGA